AUGACGAGUGCACUGAAAGAGUGUCUUCGGAUGAACGUCGUGGCCCGCGGUUUCACCAGUUUCCACUCAUGGCCUCUUGUUCUUCCUGAAGUUGAUCUGCCGGACGUAACCACAAAGUCAUUAGCAACCCAGUUUUCCGGCAUUAUAGACGACGAAGAGCUGCGGGUCACCACUGUGAACAACCCACCGCUUAUGACGGUGACAGUGUUACCCAACGGUACAACCACGUGCGAGGGCUACCUCUACGACCUCUGGGACACCGUCGCUCACGAGCUCGGCUUGCGCUACCGCAUGGUGCCGCUCUUGAAGCCCCUCUACGGGAGCAUGGAAGCCAACGGCACGUGGAACGGCAUGGUCGGAGAGCUAGCCUACGGGAGAGCCGACAUCGCCGUCACGACGCUGGAUAUGCGCUCAGACAGAGCAACGGUGAUCGACUACAUCGACGCUGUGUCGGUGACUCGGACUCACAGCAAGUUCUACGUUAGAGCAUCGAGUCACCUGGUACCUGAAGUGACAACCGAGACGCUGAGUUCGCUGCUGAAACCGCUUCACCCAGAUGUGUGGUGGACGCUGCUGGUUGCGCUGCUUGCUCUCGCUGCGGCCCUUCGAGUGGUGGUGCGAUGUAGCCAUGCUGCUUCAGAGAGUCGACAAACGGUGGAGCGUAUGGGCUGGGUCGCUUGUCUGCUCGCCAGUUUUCGCUCGCUGGUUGGCCAGGGUUGGGAGAGUGCCCCAAACUCUGUGGCAGUCAGGAUCGUUACCAGUUGUAGCUGGAUGCUGGGCAUCAUCAUCUACGCCAGCUACACGGCCAACCUCAUAUCCUACUUGACCGUACCCAAGCAGGAUCUUCCCAUCCGAUCCCUCCGCGAGUUUCACGAACAGCCCGGCUGGAGGCUAGCUGUUCAACCGGGCCACUCGAUACUUAACGACUGGAAACAAAGUCGCAGCGAGGAGGAGCGAGCUCUAUAUCGGAGGUCGCAGGCACGCGAGGGAAUCAUUGACAUCUACUGGAACCGAGCCAGCACACAGCGGACGCUGGAGACCAAAGUACUCACCUACGUCAACAUCGACCCCGUCUUCAGAAUCCUUCGCGAAGAAACUUGUAGCCUCGUCCCCAUACCUGACCUUCCUGUGAAGACCAAUGAAGUCUACAUGGCCAUCGCGAAAGGACGUGAAGAUCUUCGUGGUAGAAUCAACCAGGUCAUGAGGAGGUUGAACGAAGAGGGACUGCUGAAACGCAUCAAAGGCCAGUGGCUGAAGUCGAACGAUGCUAUUUGCGAAAGGCCUGCAGGUUUCAGGGAGAUGACAUUCGGUGAUGUGUUCGUUAUCCUGAUGAUCGUUCCUCUCGGGAUGGUUCUUAGCUUUGUGGUCUUUAUCGGUGAGCAGUUUUGGUGGAGGCAUGUAAGGCACUGCAAAAUGGGACGGAAUGUGCCCCACGCAGUGUAUGCAAGCGGGGGCGAUUUCUCUGCAGAUUGA